AUGGCCGCCGCGAUCCCAGCAACGCGGACCGCUAGUAACCGACAGCCUUCACCGAACAGCUUGCAGCCAGCCAACCUGGCAUCCAACAAUCCUUUCCGCAAUCGCGCGACCUCGCCGGCGCCGGCGGGCACGAGCCCGAACGAUAACGCCAACAUGCGCCCAGUAUCCAAAAACCCGUUCCUGGACGAUAGCGAGGUCAUGAUGAGUCCGCCGAAGAAGAGUACGACGACCAGCGGCAAUGGCUUGACGGAAGACAUCUUUUGUAACGCGCCGAGUAACGCGUCCCUGCUCGACCCCUCCACCGUCACUUUUUUGCACAUGUUGGGAGAUCUCCUGUGUCCCUUGCAUGAUAAGGAGCAGAACUUGUACACAAACAUUAUGGAUCGCUUCAAGAUCUUCAGUAAGCGUUUUGCUGACUAUCCUCUCCUACAACAGAAGGAUCUCUCGCUGCUGGAUAAACCGGCGGGUAAUGGUACUGCACCGCCGAACAAGAACGGUCUUCCACCUCCUCGACCUGUAGGCGCACCUCCACCAUCUGGCGCUAGUCGCGACAGACGUCCACCACCACCUCGAGGAGGCCCUCCUAGUCCUGGAAAGAGAGACCAGAAGCCUCGACCACGCGGGAUGUCCGAAUCCUCAGUCAUGGAUGAGAAGGAGAGGCGGGACCGCCGUGAGCGCGAGCGCAUCGAUAGGCCCGAGAGGACCGAAUCAGAGGAGCGCAGAAGGCGUGAGAGGCGGCGAGAGCGCGAAGAUAGGCACAAGAGGGAGAAGGAAAAGAUUCGCAAGGGUGAUCGUCCGAUGAAGAAGCCGCAGGGUUUGGAUAUCAUUGAUAAGCUCGACGUUACUGGGAUUUAUGGUCAAGGACUCUUCCACCACGACGGCCCCUUCGACGCCUGCAACCCGCACCGUAACGCCAAAGGCGGCCGCCGUCCACCACCCAUGCAAGCUUUUCCCGAAGGCAGCGCAAACAUGGCUCUUGGCGGCGCAGGUCCAGUCCGCUCACGCAUUGACCUGGACAAAUUCCACGGCCGAGGCGAAGACGCCUUCUCCGAUUACGCCGUUACCCGGAAAGCAGAUACCGCCACUAUUGUCAACCCACACGAUCGCGUCGAACCCGUCCACGGCAACGAGACUGAAGGCCUAGGAACUUCCACUUUCCUCGAUGGUGCACCAGCCAGUAGAGCGGCACUGCAGCGACGAGAGUCCGAGGACCCAACCCAAAUGGACGGAGGAGCCAUGGGAGGUGGACUCACACGAAAACAGUCAAUCGUCCAGCGCUUCAGAGGCAUGUCCAAUUCCCGCCGCGGUGGCGCAGCCGGUCUACGCAGUCCAGAGGCACGCUAUAACGACGCCAUCGAAAUCAGCCCUCCACGCUACGGAAGCAACAAGGCUGUUUCCGCCGGUGGACCCGCUCGAGCUGUAUACACGAAGGAGAAUGAGAUCAACCCGUUUGACAACGACUACGAUGCCGCGUUCGAGAAGAAAGGGGCUGAGAUCCGCACGGUGGAGCAACAGGGUGGACUCGCGCCACGACCGAGCAGCAAUGGUCUUACUAGGAGUGUGACUGCUGACUCGCCGGCUGUGAGGGGGAGCUCGAAUGAAGAGGAUAGGCCGGUGGCGGCUAGUAGUUCUGGGACUGGUGGGUUCUUGAAUAGGAUGAAGUCGCUCAAGGGUGGGAGAAGGGCGAGACCGGAGAGGAGGGAUACGUGA